AUGUCACCAGUGGAAAUCCUACCCGCCUUCUCGCCUGUCGACUUCUCCUUCUCUACUGAUUCGUUUAGCGAACAAAAAUAUUCGUGCAAGGGGAACGACACCGUUAAUGAUAUCUUACCUCCAUCUACCUAUUUCAAACACGACGAUUCCGGCUCUGCCGAAGACGACGACCCAAAAGUUCUUUUCCCCGACUUACCACCGCUUUUCACCGGACAUCCGGAUGUUCACCUUCGAAAUGGCGUUAUGAAAGCCCAACAGAUGAGCGCAGAUCACGUACCUGACGCCGAGCGAGCCUUCUUUGUUGCCGAUCUUGGGCAAAUCUACCGACAACACCAACGUUGGGUCAAAUGCCUACCCGAUAUUCAGCCUUUCUAUGCUAUCAAAUGCAACCCUGAUCCUUAUGUCCUUCGUCUCCUCGCGGCUCUUGGAGCUGGGUUUGACUGCGCUUCCAACGGAGAAAUCAGCCAAGUUCUCAGCUUGGGUGGCGUCGACCCUUCAAGGAUCAUAUUUGCUAAUCCAUGCAAGGCGACCUCUUUCAUUCGAAACGCCGGAAAAGUGGGCGUCGACUUAAUGACGUUUGAUAACAUGGACGAACUCUACAAAAUUUCUCGCGCCCAUCCGGGCGCCAAGCUAGUCGUCCGCAUCUUAGCCGACGAUUCAAAGAGCUUGUGCGCCUUUAACAUCAAAUUUGGCGCUGCGCUUGAAGUUGUUCCGAGCCUUUUGGCCAAAGCGCGCGAUCUUCGCCUCGACGUAGUUGGCGUGAGUUUCCACGUCGGCAGCGGAUGCUACGAUCCUUCUGUCUAUACCGACGCCAUCAUGCGUGCUCGCGCCGUCUUCGACAUGGCCCAACAAGUUGGAUAUGAGUUGAAUCUCUUGGACGUUGGUGGAGGAUUCGAAGACUCUUCUUUCGAACGCGCAGCAACCUUUCUGAGCGACGCUAUUCAUCAAUACUUCCCUGAUCGACAUGGCAUACGUGUCAUUGCAGAGCCAGGGAGGUUUUACGUUUCCAAGGCGUUCAGCCUUGCCGCAAAUAUCAUAGCGCGUAGGGUUCCUCCGACCGAGGUUGCGUCGGAAAAGCCAACCUCCGAUCAUCCAAUGGUCAUGUACUACAUCAAUGACGGCGUGUACGGAGCUUUCAAUUGCAUUCUGUUCGACCACCAAGUGGUGCAUCCAUAUGUGUUGUCGCUCAAUGGCUCCUUCCAUGUCCCAUCAUCGGAGCCCUUGCAGACCAGCAGCGUUUGGGGACCGACGUGCGACUCCAUUGAUUGCGUCUGUCCAUCGACAAAGCUACCCGGCGCACUCCAAGUCGGGGAUUGGCUAGGCUUCCACAACAUGGGAGCGUACACCAUAUGCGCUGCGAGCCAGUUCAAUGGCUUCGAGGUUAGCAACGUUAUCUAUACGACGGGAAGCGUGGGAGUGUCUAAAGAGGUGUGGGGCGCCCUAGCUGGCUUCGCGGCUGAGGGUCACGGACUUUGA